GCGCCCCGCCGCGUGCCCACCCCUGGGCGGCUGGUGCAGCCUACGCUUGCCCGACCACAGCCUGCCGCCCGCGGAGCCGGAGCCCAAGCCCCAGCGCGCCGGGCUGGACGUGGGGCUCCUGGGCCGCGGCGGCGGGCAGGCGAUGCUCCAGAGGCCUGAGCAGCCAUGGAGGCCGAGGCGGGCGGCCUGGAGGAGCUGACGGACGAGGAGAUGGCGGCGCUGGGCAAAGAGGAGCUGGUGCGGCGCCUGCGACGGGAGGAGGCGGCGCGCCUGGCGGCUCUGGUGCAGCGCGGCCGCCUCAUGCAGGAGGUGAAUCGGCAGUUGCAGGGUCACCUGGGCGAGAUCCGCGAGCUCAAGCAGCUUAACCGGCGCUUACAGGCCGAAAACCGCGAGCUGCGCGACCUCUGCUGCUUCCUGGACUCGGAGCGCCAGCGCGGGCGGCGUGCCGCGCGCCAGUGGCAGCUCUUCGGGACCCAAGCAUCCCGAGCGGUGCGCGAGGACUUGGGCGGUUGUUGGCAGAAGCUGGCCGAGCUGGAGGGCCGCCAGGAGGAGCUGCUGCGGGAGAACCUGGCGCUUAAGGAGCUCUGCCUGGCUCUGGGCGAGGAGUGGGGCCCCCGGGGCGGCCCCGGCGGCGCGGGGGGCUCAAGCGCCGGGCCGACACCCGAGCUCGCUUUGCCCCCCUGCGGGCCCCGCGACCUGGGCGAUGGAAGCUCCAGCACGGGCAGCGUGGGUAGUCCCGACCAACUGCCCCUGGCCUGCUCCCCAGAUGACUGAGGGCUCAGCUUCCUUCUUGUCGACGCCCGACCAGAUUGCUUCCCAAAGCGCAGGGACUGCGGUGGACCUCGGGACCUAGACGCCGUCCCCCCUCGCACGACGGGCCGCUGGCAUGGAUUUGGAAACUCUGGCACUGAGGACGGCCCCUUGCUCUCGCUGGUGUGGCGGCAGGGGAACUGGAUGCUGGAGAGAAGGGACUUGCCGGGGACGGGGUGGGGGCUAAUAAACUGGAACGGAAGCAGA